CGUUUGAGCUUUAGCAGAAAUAGAAAGUAAGAUUUACAGAUGACGACCAUGACGGGACGAGAGGAUGCAGCGGACGAAAAACAUAAAGUCAAGAUUUUAACCCCAUCUUUUGGAAUCGACAAAGCACGACUCAAUGGCUCAGGAUUUAGAUCUAAGGGUUUUGCCAUCACAGACCUGCUGGGUCUCGAUUCGGAUCUCCAGCCGCAUCAGUCGGGGCACGGUGGUGGCGGCCACAGUGACAGUCCGAACCCGGGGAUAGGAGGGUUCUCUUUCGCCGGAGGCUCCUUGCCGCUUGGUUUGGGGUUCCUUUGCAGUUUGGCGGCUCAGCAGCCACCUGGGGCUCCGUGUUUCCUACCAAGUCAUUUACCUCUACUUCAAUCCAGGACGGAAAGCCACUACAUGCAAAAUUUGGAGCAGCAGAGAGACGCUUAUUCUGAUGACGAUUGCCUCUCUGGGGAUAGAAACGAUGGCAAAAAUUCAAACUCUCAAAAAAGGAAGAAAAGGAGGCACAGGACCGUAUUCACCUCUCAUCAACUGGAGGAGCUAGAGAAGGCUUUCCAGGAAGCGCAUUAUCCAGAUGUUUACGCACGGGAAAUGUUGGCGAUGAAGACAGAAUUACCAGAGGACAGGAUACAGGUGUGGUUCCAAAACCGUCGCGCCAAGUGGAGGAAGAGGGAGAAGUGCUGGGGGCGCAGUAGCGUUAUGGCGGAGUACGGCCUCUAUGGUGCCAUGGUCCGCCACUCCAUCCCCUUACCGGAAUCGAUCAUCAACUCCGCCAAAAGCGGCAUGAUGGGCUCGUGCGCUCCCUGGCUUCUAGGUGAGCCAGCAGGAAUGCACAAGAAGUCGUUGGAAAUUACCAAGAAGUCGCCCGGCACUCCCGAAUCCACUCACUCGGACUCGUACAGCGAAGAAGCAAAGGGAAAGGACAGCGACAUUUCCUGGUCAAACAGGGCCAGUGCAACGGACGACAUGGAGGACAUGGCAAUUGACCUAUCCAGCACUUCCAAGCAGGAAAAGAAAAGCACUUUGAAAUCGUCGCCGCAGAUUAAUCCAACGAACAGCGAUUCCGACACCGAAAGUUAAAUAUUCCUCUUAUUUAAUGAAUGAAUACGGACUAUGUCACGAGGAACUAUAUCAACUUGAAGACUAAUUUAUUCAAUCUCUGGGCAACUUGCCCACCAUCUUUUUAGAGAUGUAUUUGUCUUUUGUUUUUUUAAUUGUGAUUGUUUAAGUCUCUUUGUUUGAAAUAUGAGAGUUUAAUGUUUAUUUUAUUGUUCUUGUUCAUUUUUAUUUCAAGCAUUAGUACUUAAGAAGCCACACUGGGUUUUUCAAUGGUGGUGAGGGCACUAUUGAAUCCACAGUUUUGAUUUAGCCUCUCAAAGUUCCCUUUAUUUUGAUCAUUUCAAUAUUGGCUCAGUUGUUUCAGUUAAGUAAUUAGACUACCCUUGCGAUUGAAAUACAUGGUGAAAAUUGGGGGUGUAGUCAUAUUGCCACCUGUUUUAUUGUGUUGUGUUGUCAAUGUUUGGGGUACACACCUGGGACCUUCAAUACACAAAGGCUUCUUCAUGAGCCCCAAAUCUAAAGCACUUUAAUUGUGUUGAUGCUGAAUGUCAUGUAAAAUUCUCAAGAGAAAGAUGUACUAUCAACAGGAUCAGCGUGGACAAAUAAAAGAUAUUCUAUGCA